AUGUCUUCUUCAUCUACUCUUUUCGAAGAUAGUUUUGAAUCUCGUCAAAAUGAUUUGACUUUUGACCCUGCUAUUCAUUUGGCCUAUCAAGCACCAAAAGAACGUUUGACGAUGGACCAAUUGAACCUUAGUCAAAACAAAGCACCUUCCCGUGUCGGUGUCACUUCUCCAUUCCCCUUGGCUUCUCUUGAAGGAGUGAAAGCAUUACGAGCAGAUAUUUUACAAAAACGUGUUUUGGAUAAUCAUAUGAUGCAAUCUGGAAUUGCAGGUCCACAUGCUCAACUACGUGGAAUGGCUCCUGAAGCUGCUCAAUUUGUUCAACAAUUCUGGACUCAUCCAGCAACUCUGGCAGCUGUCAGUGAAGCAGCUGGUGAAGAUUUGGUGCCUGUUUUUGAUUUAGAGCUGGGACAUACAAACAUUCAAAUUCCAGAUGGUUCCGAUCGUCGUACCUAUCUUGAUAGCUUACCCGUCGAUCCAUUUGCAAAAGACAAAAACAAGAAACUUGCUGCUCCCGCGAAAGAUGAGAAAGAGCCAAAAGUUGUAGUUGGAUACCAUCGUGAUGCCUACCCAUGGGUUUGCGUGUUGAUGCUAUCAGAUGUAUCUGAUAUGAUUGGUGGUGAAACAGAAAUUCGUCGUGGAGAUGGUACAACGAUCAAAGCAAUGGGUCCAGGUAUUGGUAAUUGCGUCAUGAUGCAAGGCGGUUAUAUCGAACACUGUGCUUUGCCUGCUCGUGGAGCAUCAGAACGCAUCACGAUGGUGACUUCUUUCCGACCACGCAACAAAGUAUACCGUGACUUGACGGACUUACGUAACAUUCGUGAUUGCAGUAACCUUUACGAACUUCAUGAUCAAUUCUUGCGUAGUCGUUUGGACAUCGUUCAAGAAACAUUGAACGCUUAUCGUCACAACCUUGCCCAUCGUCGUCAUGAUGUUGAAGUUGCUUAUGGUAAGCGUGGUGGAAUCAAACGUGAGAUUGUGGACAAGCGAGAAAUUCAAGGCUUAAUUGAUUUCUUUACUAACACUUUGACUAAUGCAAUGGAGCAAAUGCCCGAUCUCAAGAAUGCACACGAAGAGCGUGCGAGCAAAUUGUGA